UUAGUAAACAUGACCAGUUGUCAAAAAAUAUUGUUCAAAAGGGAAGAAAUUCUGGUUGUUCCGGAAAAUUGUAUUUUUUCAUCCGAAAAUGAAGUCUGCAUUGAUGGUAGCUGAAAAGCCGUCGCUGGCGGCAUCAUUGGCUACAAUUUUAAGUAACGGGAAGUGUUCCAGCCGUAAGGGUUCAAACAAUGCAUGCUCAGUGCACGAAUGGUACGGGAACUUCCGCGGCGAGCAGGUAAAGUUCAAAAUGACUUCCGUGUGUGGACACAUCAUGGGCUUGGAAUUCGUUGGCAAGUUCAACUCGUGGGAUAAAGUGGAUCCGGCCGAGUUAUUCUCCUGCCCGACGGAGAAAAAGGAAUCAACUCCGAAUCUGCGUAUGCCAGCUUUUUUGAGCCAGGAAGCAAAAGGUUGCGAAUAUUUGAUCCUUUGGCUAGAUUGCGACAAAGAAGGAGAGAACAUCUGCUUCGAAGUUAUGGCGGCAGUGUCCGGUGUUAUACGGAAUGUAUUCUCCAACCGUGUCACUUACAGGGCAAAAUUCUCGGCCAUCACCGAUAAGGACAUAAAGUAUGCCAUGGAUAAUCUCAUACAUCCGAACGAGAACGAGGCAAAAUCUGUCGACGCUCGUCAGGAACUGGAUCUGAGGAUUGGAUGUGCCUUCACUCGAUUCCAGACCAAGUUCUUCCAGGGAAAGUACGCCGAUCUGGACGCUUCGUUGAUUUCCUAUGGUCCGUGUCAAACACCGACUUUGGGGUUUUGUGUCCAACGGCACGAUGAAAUUCAAACCUUCAAACCGGAGAGUUUCUGGUACGUCCAGGUGACCGUGGGGGAAAAUCCGGAGAUCAAGCUUGAGUGGUCCAGGGUGCGGAUCUUCGAGAAGGAGGUUGCCUGCAUGUUCCUGAACAAAGUGAAGGACCAAAAAGAAGCUCUAGUCGAAAGCGUAACUUCUAAGGAAACGUUUCGCAGCAGACCUCAGGCUUUGAACACUGUUGAAUUGAUGAGGGCUGCCAGCGCAGGAUUGGGUAUCGGUCCACAUUCUGCAAUGCAGAUAGCAGAAAAAUUGUACACACGUGGCUACAUCAGUUAUCCGCGUACUGAAACUACUCAGUAUCCAGCAAAUUUUGAUUUAGUUGGCGUGGUGAAGCUCCUUCAACCAUCUUCAGAAUUCGGCGAGGAAGCUCGAGACAUUCUGCGUGAUAUGAACAGUCCUCGCAAGGGAAACGAUGCUGGCGACCAUCCCCCGAUCACUCCAAUGAAGUUAGCAUCGCGCAACGAAUUGGAUGGAGGGGACACUUGGCGCCUGUACGAUUACAUCUGUCGUCACUUCCUGGGAACCAUUUCGCGAGAUCUUAAGUAUCGACUGACAACCACCAAGUUCAAAAUCAACAAUGAACUAUUCACCAACACAUCAAGUGUUCUGAUCGAUGCUGGUUAUACGAAGAUUAUGACGUGGCAAGCGUUCAACAAGAAUGAAAUCAUCACCCCAUUUACGGUGAACGAAAAAGUUAAAAUCAACGACGUUCGGCUGGUUGAAAGCCAAACUGGACCGCCAGACUAUCUGACCGAGUCGGAGCUCAUCUCACUUAUGGAAAAGCAUGGUAUCGGUACAGAUGCUUCCAUUCCGGUACAUAUCAACAACAUUUGUCAAAGAAAUUACGUUGCAAUCGGUGGGGGACGUACGCUGACCCCUACGAAUCUGGGCAUUGUGCUGGUGCAUGGAUACCGAAAGAUUGAUCCGGAGCUGGUGCUUCCUACAAUGCGUUCAGCGGUGGAACAACAACUGAAUCUCAUAGCGCACGGAUCAGCAGAUUACCGUUGCGUUUUGAAACAUGCAGUGGAAAUUUUCCGUCUAAAGUUUCUAUACUUCGUGCAGAACAUCAGCAACAUGGACAUACUAUUCGAGGCAACAUUCUCAUCGUUGUGUUCCUCGGGUAAAGCACUAUCACGUUGCGGUAAAUGUCGCCGCUAUAUGAAAUAUAUCCAGACGAAACCAGCUCGACUGCAUUGUUCACAGUGCGAUGAAACUUAUACAAUGCCUCAAAAGGGAAUCGUGCGAGUUUAUCGUGAACUCAAGUGCCCACUAGAUGAUUUCGAGCUGCUAGCAUGGUCAAAUGGUGCUAAGGGAAAAUCGUAUCCCCUGUGUCCGUACUGCUACAAUUAUCCUCCAUUCAGGGAUAUGCCGAAAAACUCUGGUUGCAACAGUUGUCCACACCCGACCUGUGCCCAUUCGCUAUCUAGCUUGGGCGUCUCGAGCUGCAUCGAGUGUGACCGAGGUGUCCUCGUGCUGGACUGCACCAUGUCUCCGAAGAGCUGGCGGCUUGUGUGCAACUUCUGCGAUGUUAUCAUCAACUGCUUCGAUGAUGCUGUGAAAGUCAACGUAGAAGGUGAUUCCUGUGAGGAAUGUGGAGCACAGCAAGUAACUGCCAUUUAUAAAGCUGAGAAGACUCCUUUCAAAGAUGAUGUGACAGACAAGAAAGGGUGCAUUUUUUGCUUUGAAGAUUUUAUUCCGCUGGUUGAGAAACAUAAAGCAGUGGAGAUGCGUCGAGCGCAGGGAGGCCGAGGCAGGGGUCGAAGUGUGCGCGGGCGCGGAGGUAAAAGUGGCAGAGGGCGCAACAAGCCACCGAAGGACAAGAUGGCUCAACUCGCGGCCUAUUUUGUUUGAUCAGUAUAAGUGUUCUCCUAUUGUACUAGGCAAUUGUUUCUAAGUCAUUCUGGAAAGCCGUCAAUCACGUACAUUUUGACAUUCUUAGUCAAUAUUGCUCUCGGUUAAUAAGUUUGAAUGAAAGUGUUCAUAGAGCACAGGUUUCGUUCCAGUUAAAACAUCACGCCAAAAAUAAGAAAAAGCUUAGUUUCCAACUAAGAUGCAUGCAUAGUUCAUAGUUAAAUGUUCCUUCAGGGGUAAUUAACAAAUUACGCGAAAACAAAAACCUGUCUCGAAAAAAUCAUAAAGGCCCUUAUUAUGGGUGUCACUUUACGGUUAAAAUAUGGCAAACCAGCUGUUCCAGCAAACGUUAUUUUUGAAUGGAUUACUGAAGCCAAUUUUUCUGGCAGUGAGCGCAUUACAACAAAGGAGUCACCGUAUGAGGGCUUUGACAUUGUGACACCUGUCCAAUUCGGUCAAACACAUAAGGUUAUGGUGUCGCCAUCUAUAUGUUCAUUUCAUAGGGCACUGUAUGAAAUUCCGUCCUUCUCUUUUAUCUUACAGAAAUUUUGUAAACAACAAGACCAAGAAACGUCAAAAUACAAUACAAAAUCAAAUCAAUGCAGUGCCCUAUAGCGGCCGUGCAAUAAGGCCCAAAAGCUCAUCUGGAAUGUUUUCUUUUCUAUAAAAAUCUGAAUAAAUAAAUUGCAAAAUUACUAGGGUUGACGGCUUUACGGCUAAUGAAGUUGUAGACAUUUCCUCUACAUACAUUUAGCACUAACAAUCAGCUAGAUAAAACAUAAAUAUUUGAUGUAGUUGCUGUAUUGUUCAUGCUGAAAUUAAAAUAAAGUGAGUAAAACAUUGAAA